UUACAUAACCACUUCUAGGACAAUGAUACUGCCAAGGGAGCUAGUGUUUAUUUGUGCAAUGAUGUUGUGCUUAUUUCAGUAUGGGUGAAGAAGAUGUGUUUGACCUUUACUGUUUUGUUGUAGGAAGACUGGUGGAGAGGAGGAACGAAUGGCAGCCAUUGCAGCUUACAUGAAGCUUAAUUGGCAGGGCCUUCAGAAGAAGGUUGUCUUUGUUACUGUUAUUACAGAUCUCAACACCUUCCAUCGCACAUGGUUCAACACUGGUGUCAACCAAUGCUACUGCCCUUCGGACGAGGUUGCCAAGAGGGCAUUGGUUGAUGGCCUAGAGUCUUCCCAGAUUCGCGUGUUUGGUUUGCCCGUCAGGCCCUCGUUUUUUCGGCUGUAAAGAAAACUGCAAGAGCUCUCGGCGAAGCACUAUUCAGUGCAGAACUUGGUAAACCAAUUG